AUGAAUGAUAAAGAGGAAAUAUUAUUCUCGGCUAGUGCUACUAGGCGUGCAAAGCCAUGGGAGGUUUAUCUUGAAGAAAUUAAUCAAUUAAUUCCACAAAAGAAAGCAAAAACUGGUGAAGAAUCAAAGAAACCUGAAAAACAAAUAUAUUUUUACGAUGAUGUUGUAAUUGCAAUUCGAGAAAUUAAGCCACUCAAGCUCCUUGUCACAAUUCCUGCAAAUUCUUUGGCAAAGGUUGAGCCAACAAUUUCUGCAGUUCUCGAUCAGCUCGAAAAAAUAGUUAAAUUCUGCUGUGAUGGAGAAUUCUCACAAGAAACAAUUACAGAAAGAGAUCACUAUAUCCGCUUGCGAAUGCUUUGCCAGAAAGAAUUUACUACAAACGGUUUUAUGAGAUUUAUCCCAGAAAGCGAAUUUAAUGAGGUUGUCGCUUUCUAA